AUGGGUUUUAUGGCACGAAAGACUGCUGCCCUCAACGACUGGGUUGCUCGCUCAAUCCCUAACGCGAGAAAAAAUGCUCGAUUCACCACCGAGAUCUUGGCUGGGCUGAUAACCUUCCUUACAAUGGCCUACAUCAUUGAUGUUAAUGCCUCCAUUCUCGCAGACUCUGGAGUAACAUGUGUGUGUAACGAUCCAGUCGAUCCGAAAUGCAACGUCAACGAUCAAUAUGCCAUUUGUAUACUCGAGGCCGAACGAGACCUCAUCACCGCCACCUCUGCCAUCUCAGCACUUGCUUCUUUCCUUAUGGGCAUCACGGCUAACCUUCCGGUUGGAAUGGCGCCAGCCAUGGGUCUCAAUGCUUAUCUCGCAUACCAAGUCGUCGGUUUCCACGGAACUGGUCCCAUUACUUAUCGUGUAGCCAUGACAUCCGUCUUUGUUGAAGGCAUCAUCUUCACCGGUCUCUCCUUGCUCGGAAUUCGCCAGUGGCUCAACCGCAUCAUUCCCGCGUCCAUCAAGAUGGCAUGUGGUGGUGGUAUCGGCCUUUUCCUUGCUCUGCUCGGUCUUUCAUAUACUCAAGGAGUUGGCGCUGUCACAGGAGGAGAUUUCUUGCCCCUUGAGCUGGCCGGCUGUCCUGAAAAUCGGUUGGAUCCAGUCACAGGCUUAUGUACCUCGGAUAGGGCGAGCAGUCCUACCAUGUGGCUCGGCUUUCUUGCUGGCGGCGUGCUCACUGCUAUCUUGAUAACACACAGAGUUCGAGGCGCCAUGAUUAUCGGCAUCUUGGUGGUAUCCAUCACCUCUUGGCCCCGCGAUACAUCGCUCACCUACUUUCCCCGAACAGCUGAAGGAAAUAGCCGCUUUGAUUACUUCAAGAACGUAGUCGAGGUUCCUUCCAUCCGAAAAACCUUGGUUAUCCAGGACUGGAACUUGUCGAAUGAGGGUUGGCAUUUUGCCCUGGCCGUCUUCACUAUGCUUUACGUCGAUAUUCUCAAUGCGACUGGUAGUUUAUACUCUAUGGCUCGUUUCGCCGGCAUCGUGGACCCCGACACGGGUGAUUUUCCGCGCAGCGCCCUUGCGUACACUACUGAUUCCGUCUGCAUUGUGCUUGGCUCUCUCGUUGGAGUAUCUCCCGUCACUGUAUUUGUCGAGUCUGGCACUGGUAUUGCAGAAGGUGGCCGCACAGGCCUGGCAGCGUGUAUGACGGCAUUUUGCUUCGUCAUCUCUCUAUUCUUUGGCCCAAUUUUUGCUUCAAUCCCCCCGUGGGCCACUGGUGGCACUUUGAUCAUCGUCGGAUGCAUGAUGAUGCGCGGUGUGACGAACAUCAACUGGAAAUACCCUGGUGACUGCAUUCCUGCCUUUGUAACACUCAUUUUCAUGCCUUUCUCGUUCUCACUUGCCUACGGUCUCGUCGCGGGCAUCAUCACCUAUGCUGGCAUCAACUCUGCCACCUGGUUUCUUGGAGCAAUUUCCGGCGGACGUUUCCUUCCUCCCGACUAUGACGAUAAGGAGUAUUGGAGUUUGGCUACGGAUUAUCACUCUCAACCUUGGGUUGUGCGCGCAAUCAAGGGAGACCGACAUUUCUGGAAAGCUGAAGAGCAUGACUCGUUUGAACUGUCCUCUACCGAAGUGCGCUUCGAGACGACCGUAACAGGCGGCAGUAAAGUUUAA